CUGUAUGACUGUUGACCUUGCAAGAAAAAAUAUUCUUAAAAGACCAUUCUUGCCUCAUUAAUUUGCCAGGACAAUUUGGUGUCAGAAGUGGGAUCCCUUGACAACCUGAGAACAGACACAAUUGAUCAUCCGGCUACUUUUGUAGCUAGUUUUCGAAAGAACUCAGUGGCAUUAAACUACGGCUUUUUGACUAUUUAAAGCAUCAUGGCACGUGAAAAUGACUACUGCACCAUCAUGACUGGUCUGAGUGAGCUUGACCUCCAAGGCAAUCCGGUGCCUAGUGAUCUUGUGCUGAUCGGUUGUGAUGCCUUUCCACUUGCCAUGAAUCCAAGAGGUCAAGUUCUGAUGGCAGCAUCUCGUUACGGUCAAGGACGUGUGGUGGUGUUGGGACACGAAGAGUACUUGACCCGUUUCCCUGGCCUGAUAGAGAAUGCCCUGAUGUGGCUCAUGCCAUGUACCGGGGGUGGUGGCAUUGUAGGGAUUCAGAAGAAUUUAGGUUCAGUAGCUGACAACUUGUGCAAUUCACCUAUCAGCACAGAGCUUGUAGAUUAUCGGGAGGGAUUGGCUGUAUAUAUCACAGAUGCUUACAGCGUUGAUGAUUGUGCAAAGGAUUUGAUUUCUUUUGUCAAAUCCGGGGGUGGUUUAAUUAUUGCUGGCCAAGCAUGGUACUGGUCUUACUCUCAUUCAGAGGAAAAUGUUUUUCUGAACUUCCCAGGAAACAAGGUUUGCAGCGUCGCAGGAAUUUACUUUACAGAACACACAGGAGAACGUGGAGUAUUCCCUGUUCCUUCAAAUAUCCCAUCUAGCUGGCAUGCUGUAUCAUUUGUUAAGGAUUUUAAGAAUGACCUAGAAUUCCUGCUGAAAGAUGUGCCUCAGUUUGACAUCCAAGGUGGGGCUGUGGCAUCUGAGCUGAUGGUGCAUGGAUUAUUAGCAUUUCCUAUUGCAGUCACUCCAACUGGACAAACAUUCAUUGCCGGCACCUACUAUGGACAAGGACGGGUAAUUGUGUUAACCCACGAAAGCUACCUGGGCCAUGAAUCUCUGACCACUUUCCUGAUUAAUGCUAUUAACUGGCUUGAUGAGGGGCGUAAAGGCGUUAUUGGCAUCAUACCAAGUCUCACAGAAGCCCAAAAGAUACUCAGCAAAUCCGGUCUGAACUGCCAGUUCACAGACUUGAAAAAAGAUCUCAGUGUCUACGUCUGCACUUCCUACAGUGAUGCCGAGUGUGAAAAGAUCCAAGAAUUUGUGGCAGAAGGAGGUGGCCUUCUGAUCGGAGGUCAUGCCUGGUAUUGGGCCUAUGAAAACUGCAAUGUGAUGUCUGAAUACCCAGGAAAUCGCAUUCUUAACAAGAUGGGACUGAGUAUUUUGGACAACACUGUGACUGGGGGAUUAUACAAAGCCCCAGAAAUCAAUGAGGAUGUAUACCAUUUUCGGAAUGGACUGAGGUACUUAGGAAAUCAUGUAUCCAAAGAGUACGAAUUUACUCCUGAUGAAGAGGGCUGCUUAAAACAACUUGGCAAUGAUUGUGAAAGCUACCUUCGCAUGCGUGCACAUGACUGUGCUUCUUUUAAUUCAAUAAUAACUCUUUUUACCAACAUGGUGAAGGAGAUUGGCAUUCCACAGGUUAGUAAUACGUGCCCUGUUGAAACUCCCAAAGAUUACCUGAUGCUCCAAAUUGGGAUUGAACUGUACAAAACCAUGUCUGACCCUGAUGCCCUCCUGCCAUACAUCAUUAAGGACAUACCUGACCUGCCCACUGUGUCUGAUGCAAGAGUUUGUAUCAGCGCCAACACUGGUGGCUCUGAAGAAUGGAUAAGCACAGGCUUGUAUCUUUCUCCUGGUAUGAGGACACACAUAAUUAUUCCUUCAGAGCUCAUUGGGAAAAACUGGGAGGUCCAGAUUGGUUGUCAGACUGAUAACCUUUCGACUGCAGAUGUUUUGAAACGAGCUCCUGUGGUCCAUGAGCGAUUCCCCUUAGACCAAAAAAUGGUUCAAAUCUGUAAUCUUUGGGGAGGGCUCAUCUACCUAGUUGCACCUACCAACACCAAAGUGGAUGGGGUGGAAAUUGUGGUGCAGACUGCAGUAAAGGCUCCAUACUUCAAGUCUGGAGAGACCAGUGUAGCUGACUGGGUUGGUGGGAUCCGUCAGGCGCCAGCCCCUUGGGCGGAGCUUGAGUUUGAGAACAUCAUCAUCACAUUAGAGUCAAGUGUGAUACAGAGUCUGGAUCAUCCUGAUGAGGUGGCAGAAAGUUGGGAUGCAAUAAUGAGAGGCAUAGCUGACCUGGCAGCAAUACCUCAUAAGUUCCCCCGCAAGGAGCGAAUUGUUGCAGAUGUUCAGAUCUCUGCUGGCUUUAUGCAUGCUGGAUAUCCCAUCAUGAUACACUCCACCUCUGCCCCAGACCUGUUGGUUUUUUUAAAUAAAUCCAGUGAAAGUAAUUUGUGGGGACCUAUACAUGAGCUUGGUCAUAACCAGCAGCUUGAAGUUUGGGAGUUUCCUCCACACACAACUGAGUGCACCUGCAACCUGUGGUCAGUGUAUGUGCAUGAGGAGGUGCUUGGUGUUGACAGGGCUGCUGCUCACCCAGACAUGACCCUAGAUAGUCGACAGGAUUGCAUCAGAGAUUAUGUCGAAGGUGGCAGGGAUUUGGAACAAUGGACCGUGUGGACAGCACUGGAGACUUACAUGCAGCUUCAAGACAAAUUUGGCUGGGAUGCUUUCAAGAAGGUUUUUGCUGCCUAUCAUGACAUGACUGAAGUGCCCAAUAACAAUCCAGGCAAAAUGAAUCUGUACGCUGAGACCUUCUCCAAGGUGGUGAACAUGAAUCUGUCGUCCUUCUUCAAAGCCUGGGGUUGGCCGAUUGAGCCCAGCACUGAACAGAAGAUCUCUCAUCUCCCCGAGUGGAGCGAUCAUCCAUUGAAGCAGUAUGAAUAAGACACCUGACAGAGCUUUAAUAAUUACAGUGUGUGUGAAAGGUGUAAAAGUUAUAGGUUAAUAUUAAAGUUGAUAUAUGCGAUUAUUCGAAUAGUCUGCAUAAUAUAUUUGUGUGUGUGUUGUGUGUAAUUAUUAUUAGGGCUGCCAAAAUUAACGCGUUAAUAACGCGUUAACGCAAAUUAAUUUUAACGCCACUAAUUUUAUUAACGGCGAUUAACGCAUUGCACAAUUUCUGUUUGACCCUUGGUCCAGCCCAUAGUUGAAUAAACAGAGACGCAGACAAAUGUGACCCUGUCUAAAUGAGUUAAAGGUUUUCAUAGAAAUAAGAACAUUAAGCAAAUCGUCUAGCAAAUCCAAUGCUCUAAAUGCUCGUUGGACAUCUGAAAUGAUCUUUAUUUAUACGUCUGAGAGGUGUAACGUUACCGUCCUCCUAAUGCUUAAUAUAAUACAAAGAUGCGUCUCAUUCAUUCGCUUUUAUGCAUGACUUAGAAAAUAGAUUGCAGGACUUGCUUGAUGUUAAAAGGGUUAUUAAGAGAGAUAAAGUUCGGUACCUGAUUAAUGUUAAAGAGUUAUUAAGAGCGACAAGACUCAAAAGCGAUCUUCAACGCUGACUGACAUCUGAAGCGCGUGCACACAGAUGCGCGAGUGCGCGACCCGGAUAUAUAGACAUCUACACAAAAUUA